UUUCACUGCAUGUAAUUUGCCGGGUGUUGCAUGUGUGUGUUCAACUAAGGAUGGGUCAAAUGCAGAAGACGAAUUCAGUGUGUGUAUGUAAAAAUAUAUAUACUGCUAAUAAAGUGAUUCUGUCUGACGUCACCGACGUCAGCGUCGGCACGUCACUGGACCUGUCAACAUGGCGUCUUCCUCCAUCAUUCGUCAUCGCCCAGAAUGAGAGCAGCGACAGUAGAGCAGAGAGACGACCGGGUAGUCGCCGGGCCGAGCGUCUCGCUUCCGGCCUGAGGGCUCCGGGUCCCGGUAUGACAGUUCGAAGGACUCCGCUGCCCGCUCACCGAGCAGGAGGAGCCGCAGCGCGAUUCGUGUCUGCCGAGCGGCGCUAACAGGAUCCAGAUAGAUGAGUUCACGACUUCAUGAGCGGAAACCAGUGGGGUGGACCUCCAGAAUAAAGUGUAGUGUGAGAGGACAGCGGGAUUCAAAAUAAAACCUAUAAUAUCACCCGGACGUUCAGUUAAAUACAACCGGACCUUCAGAAUAAAAUCUGAGAUGUGCGUUUGCUGUUAUUCUGCAUAGCUUCACACUGCAGUGGAUGUUGGAAUGAAAUGGAAAGAAGCGAUGAUAAGUCACUGAUAACUGAAAACAACGAGCCUUCACCAUUUUGUCAUCAUCAUCAUCAUCAUCAUCUCCUUUCCUCUGCUGAUGUCAUCACCUGGGAUCGUGGUGCCGGUCCAGGCGCUCAGCGAGUCACAUGUUCAGGAGACAGUGAUGCAGUGUGGAGAUCUCACCACCUGCACACUCUGCUCUAGGUCAGAUGACAGCCUGCAAGGACCAAUCAGAUGCUGCUCUGACAUCAGGGUGGCAGGUGUUGAUCCAGGGGAGGAGCUUAAUCUAAGAAAUGAUGACACUUUGACAGACGAGAUCAGUCCAAAUAUGGAAAUGAAAUGUUCCUCAGCGUGCUCAUACAGUGUAGCAGAUGUUAACAGCUGUCACAGAGCGGAGGGUGAUCGUCACUAUGGGGGUGGGGCUGUUGGAGGGGCCAUCCACCGCCUGGAUAAGCCCACCUCUCAGGUAGACAUAAACCCAGUGACCCUUACCUCUUGCUCUGACUCAGACACAGAGGAGGGUGACAUGACCAGGGAGCCGCCGCCACCACCGCCAGGUGAGCUGAACCUGCCCACUGCUGCUGCUCUCCCCAGGAACACGUUCGAGUGCAGUUACCAGCACAGCACUCCGGGUCAGCUGGCACCGGAAGAUGGAGGGUCAGAGUCUGAGCUGCAGUCCAAGAGGCCAGAAAUCAUGGAGUACUUCAGCAGCAGGAAGCAGCGGACUGUCAGUCACAGUGUUGCCGGGUGGAAGCUGUUUGGUAAAGUUCCUCCCAAACAGAGUCCCUCCAAACAGGCUCGGACCAUCCAGCAGGAGUACGAGGCUCGGCAGGCUGCAGCCCGUAACUCUCCUACCCAUCAUGCCGCGGGGCAGCAGAGCAGGAGGAAUGUGGAGUUUGAACCUCUGUCGACCACUGCACUGAUCCUGCAGGACCGACCGCCGAACCUUCCAGCCAAGUCAGCAGAAGAGAUGCAGAGACACAGAGAGCAGUACGAGCAGAUGGUGGCUGGAGCCAAGAGGAGAGAGCUGAAGGAGGCUCAGAAGAGGCAGCAGCAGGUGAAGGACAGAAUCAGACAGGAAGAGGUGAUCUCCAACGCCACGCUGGUCUGGAACCAGCACAUCCUGCCACACUGGGACACCAUGAGGACGAGUCGUCGUGCUCGGGACCUGUGGUGGGGGGGUUUACCUCCCAGCAUCCGAGGACGAGUCUGGAGCCUCUCCAUCGGUAACGAGCUCAACAUCACUGCAGAGCUGUACGAGAUCUUUCUGUCCAGAGCGGAGGAGAAGUGGAGGAACCUCAGUGAGACAGAGACUGACAAUGGAGAGUCGCUUACUGAUAAAGAGUCCAGUCUGGAGCUGAUCACACAAGACAUUUCCAGAACCUUCCACUCGCUCUGCGUCUUCCAGAAGGGUGGUCCUUACCAUGACCUGCUGCAAAACAUUCUGGGAGCUUACACCUGCUACAGACCUGAUGUGGGAUAUGUGCAGGGGAUGUCCUCCACAGCCGCCAUGCUGAUCCUGAAUAUGGACGAAGUGGAAGCCUUCAUCAGCUUCUCCAACCUGAUCAACAGACCCUGUCAGUUGGCUUUUUACAGAGUGGACCACCAGCUGAUGCUCAGGUAUUUCAGGGCCUUCGAGGUCUUUUUCAAGGAGACUCUUCCUCAUCUCUUCCUUCACUUCCAGUUUUUAGGUCUGACUCCUGACCUCUACCUCAUGGACUGGAUCUUGUCUCUCUACACAAAGCCCCUCCCUCUGGACGUGGCAUGCAGAGUCUGGGACAUUUAUUUUCGGGACGGGGAGGAGUUCCUGUUCAGGACAGCUCUGGGUAUCCUGAGGCUCUACCAGGAUGUCUUGCUGCACAUGGACCUCAUCAGCACUGCUCAGUUCUUGUCCCGCCUCCCCAAUGAAGAGCUGCUCUCUGAUAAGCUGUUCUCCUGCAUCUCGGCCUCUCCGAUGAUGAGUGGGAACAGGAAGUGGGGCCUGGUUUUGUCUUCCUGCAGUGAAUCAGAGAGGAGCUGCUCCUGAUCCGCAGUCUGUUUCAUUUGUUUCAUAUGAAAAUGAGACGCAGUUGAAAGUGAGAUGGAUCAUGGUCUGGAUCAUGGUUAUAGGUGUCAGAAACAGACAAAAAAGUUUUGCUUUUUGUCUGUUUAUUAUUUUUCUGUGAUAAAGCGUUCAACGAUGAAGUUAAAGAUGGUAUGUGGAUGCAAAAUAAGACACUAAAACAAAAUAUGGAUGAACAAACUCAGAUAUGUUUCUGUGUGUCAGCUCUUUGCUCUAUACUGUAUCAUUUAUAGAGAACUCUUUAUUUUACUGUCUUUCUGUAAAAAUCUGUAAAUUUGUAAAGCAGUUUCUGGAAGGACAUAUUCACUUAAUUGAAUUAAUAUCAAUUUCUAUGUAGGUAAAAAUUUAGUGAGGAGCAGCUCAGCUAAGCAUGAGAAAUCCAAUGCAACUCAACAUAUUAAGAUGCUAAAACUUCCAAAAACACAUGAACAAUGAGUAAAUUUAAUUUCUCUUGAAAUGAACAACUCUUCUCCCUUCUCAUUGUGUGUAAUUACAGAGUUUAAAAUCAUGUGUUGUGUUUAUUGUACGUGUUGAUUGUUGUACAGUUACUGACACAUGGACCAACAGACUGUUGUACUGUAUUCAUUAAAGCGUUGCAUCGUAACAGUC